AGAAGAAGAAGAAGAAGGGAAGAAGGAAGGCGUGGACUUGGUCGGAGUCAAAAGAGGAGUCGUCCAAAGCUCCUCCCAACUUGGACCGUUCUUCGGUCAGCCUUGGGCUUGGCUCGAAUUGAAGUUUGAACGUGCGCUAGCGUUACAGCUUCCCCACACGGCAUCUCGCCUUUUUCCCUUCUCUUUUUUAUCACCCUUUUCCUUCUCCUCCUCCUCCUCCUCCUUCUUCUUCAAGAAAGCUGUCGCACGCUUCCAUCGCCAUCGCCAUCACCGUCGCGGACAUCCGUCUGGGUAGCGAACUGCAUUUCGAGAGCUUGCUUUAGUGGGGGGGUUCAGUCUCGGGAGGGCCUUGCAAGAUGGUUCAGCUCAAGGAAUUCCGAAUUGUCAUGCCAAUGUCACUGGAAGAAUAUCAGGUAGCUCAGAUGUACUCGGUCACGAAGAUGCAACAUCAAAGCAGAACCGAUACCGAGGGGGUGGAUAUUUUGGAAAGCAGACCCUUUGACGAUGAAUUCGGAAAGGGUCAUUACACUUCUAAAGUCUAUCGCUUGCAGAGCAAAGUUCCUACUUGGUUGACUGCUUUUGCACCAGCAGAUGCUCUAAUCCUCCAGGAGGAAGCUUGGAAUGCUUACCCAAGAUGUAAAACAGUACUCAAGUGUCCAUACUUUACAAAGUUCAGUCUAACCAUUGAAACCAUCCACGAGGCUGACAAUGGGCAAUCAGAAAAUGUUCAUGGCCUAAGUGAAGAACAACUAGCAAUCCGGCAGGUGGAAACCAUUGAUAUAGCUUCAGCUACGACAGAUUAUUGGAGUUAUGCAAUUGGAAGCAGUGAUGUGGACUUAUCGAAAUUCAAGUCAGUCAGAACUGGACGUGGUCCUCUUUUAGAAGGUUGGCAGAGUAAGUGCAACCCAGUUAUGACAGCAUAUAAGUUGCUUACUGUAGAUGCACCGUACUGGGGUUUUGGUUACCGACUUGAACAAGCUAUGCUCUCGGGUGAAAGAGCACUUUUUAUCGCAAGUCAUCGUUACUGUUUUAGCUGGAUUGACGAUUGGUUCGGAAUGACUGUUCCGCAAGUACGUGAAAUUGAACGCCGUUUGCUACAGGAGAGAAAAGAAAUGCCGAGCCAAAUACAUUGAAGAGCGCCAAGGAGAAUGAAAUGAGAUUUCCAAUCAACACCGACGAAAAUCAUAGCGAGAGGUGUCAGCUAGAAUCAGAUCGGCAGCCCAUUCCUGUUGAGCAAGGAUCUUAAGCUGUCGAGUGUGUUAGCCUGUCAUUAGAUCUGAUAGUGAUGUAUUCAGCCUUGCAGAUGUGAGGAAGGAGCAUGGUUCAUACGGCCAUUGUCCAGAUUAAAUUCCUUGUAUGUGCGAAACCCCCUCUAUGUAAAACUUUAUAGGAAAAUUGUUCAGAGGGUUCAAUAGAAAACCCUCUAGUUGUUUUCUGAAAGCACGCAUAUAACAUUUAUAGACUCGCGCUUGUGCGCAUGCAUAUAUGUGGAGAUGUAAGAGGUGGAAGAAUAGAAUUGUUGAUCGGGUAAAUCAAAACCCGGAAUGUGUUUAGGAAA